AGGAGGAGGUGAGUCCUCCAACAGGGAAACUCUCCUCUUUCGAGCACUAACCUGACUGACAAACAUCACCAGCGCCCAUUAACAGGCAAUAGGAAAUGAAUCGGGUUGUGAGAGGAAUCGUCUUUCCACCCUGCUGAGAGAAGAGACACUCCGCCUAGUCCUCUGUAGCGACAGUGAGCGCAGCCUUCUCUGUCCAGCUCGGCUUCUCUAUCAGCGCUGUCCCUCUAUUGUAUAACUCUUGUCUAGCUCAUUUGGGAUUUAGGACUCAUCUCUCUUUUCCUUUCCGCCCUUCGGUCUUCCUUUACAUUUCAGUCCGCUCAUUUUGUGCUCGCCUGAGUCUGCUUAUCUCUCUCCUUUAUCGUCCGUCAAAAUGGCAACACGAAUCGACAAAGAGGCUUGCAGGGACGCAUACAAUUUGGUCAGAGACGAUAACACCGAUAUUAACUGGGCAGGGUUUAAAUACGAAGGCUCUACCAUUGUGCCAGCUGGACAUGGGGCCGAUUACGAAGAAUUCAUGAGUCUCUGUACAGACGACUCACGCCUCUUCGGGUUCGUGCGUGUCACAACGGGUGAUGCCAUGAGCAAGCGGGCCAAGUUCACGCUGAUCACCUGGAUCGGGGAGAACAUCAGUGGUCUGCAGCGUGCCAAAAUCAGCACAGACAAGACACUGGUCAAAGACGUGGUCCAGAAUUUUGCAAAGGAGUUCAUGAUCAGUGACCGUCGAGAACUGGAGAUGGAUUACAUCCGCAACGAGCUGAAGAAAGCAGGCGGGGCCAACUACGAUGCGCAGGCAGAGUAAACCAAUCAAGCACAAAUGAGGGCAAAGGGGCGGGGUUAUCUCAGCUGGACCAGAGAGACAGGGAAGACAUCAUCUCAUGUGCGCACACAGACACAGACACAUAGUCGGUCUCUCACAAACAUAUAUACCGUACCGUACUCUCAGCCAUAUGCAUUCUCAGCGCACAUUACAACACACACACACACACACACACACACACACACACACACACACACACACUUACAUAGCCCCCCAACCCCAGACCUGUCUGUGUUUGAUCUGUGUCCUCUGCCGGUCCCCUCUCCAGAGUGGUCAUGGUUGACUAUCUGCUGUACCGUGCUUCAUCUCACUCCUGUCCUAGCCGCUGCUGCUGCUAGGCUCCGGCCCUCCAUUGAUCCAGGGAGUUUUUGUAUUUCAACCCUAAUUGGACUAUCAAAAGAGGAAGUGAGCCUUUCACGGCUCCUCAUUGGACCAGGCUUUGCCAUCACUGCGGUCUUAGUGCUAGAUUACAUUCAUAGGCAUAUUUUUUAUUUUUAUUAUCUUCUGUUGUGGUUGUGGUCCAAAGACUCACCCUUUGUCAAUGGAGAUCCUACCCCAUAUUAACAUUUUAUUUGUUUGGGUUAUUGUAGUUUAUGCACCCCCACCCCAACCGAACAGGCCACUGUGUUUACUGCCUUAAUCUCCCAUGGAGAGAGAGGUAUCAAUCAUGGGAGGUAUGUUUGUAAGCACGUGUGUGUGAGUGUGUGAAUGUGUGUGUGUGUGGACACUGCACUGUGAAUGGCAGUACUCCUGGAAAGCGAAGUGAUUUCUGUCAGCCCGAGAUGCCUCUUGAGAGGGCUGCUAUUAGUCUGAUCUAGGCGCUGCCAUGUCUCUGGUGUAGCAUCUCUUUUUAUUUGGAUUUCAACACAAAAGGAAUGUUGUUUUUUUUUUUUUUUUUUUAUGUUUUUUUUUUUCUUUUUAAUAUUUUUUUUUUCAUAAGAGUUCUAACUCUGGUUCAUUCUGUGGAGGAAAAAAAGACAAAAUAUGAUCUGGGAGAUGUGAGAAGCAAAAGGCUGAUAUAAAAAAAAAACUGGAUACACCAUCAUUUCAAAAUAAAAAAUGUUGUUUUUUCAAA